UGUUUUCUUAAAUAGGGUGCUGAAAUCCGAAUAUCUUUAAUGUUCAUUAAAUUUGAGCUAAUAUUGAAAGUUAAUUUAGCUCUCAUUUUUUAUUGUAAAAAUGGUUGUGAAUAUUAAAUCUUUCUCUAAAAAUCGGAAAAGGAAAAAUGGAAAAUCAAACGCUAAAAGUAAUUCUAAACAAAAAUUUCGACAUAACAGAAAGAAAUACAAAAAAUUAAAUAAAGCGGAUGCAGACAAUGACCAGAAAAUUAUGAAAAGUACUUAUGAGAGUGAUGUCAAAUCGUCUGCGUCAAGUGAUUCGGAAGAAGAUUAUGAGAAGAAACCAAGAUUUCAAAAGGCGGUCAAAGUAAGAAAUUUGCUUCCUAUUAAAAGUAAACAAGGAUUAAUGUUUCGAUCUGAAAUAGUUCAAGAGAACGACGAAGAAAAUUCCGAUACUCCAAGUAAUCUGCCGGUUAAUAAGAAACUGUCUUUAGUUGAACAAUACGCAGUGCAACGAAAUAUUCUUGAAAAUUUAAAACGUAAGGUAGCCAUUUUAUGUACUUCGAUUGUUGAAGAUCCAGAAAGUAAUAUUGUUGCUUUAAAGGAACUUGUCAUCAUGUUCCAAGAUACUACGACUCAAAUGAUUUUAAGGGAGAAAAAAGUUUUAGCCUUAUCAUUGCUGCAUGUCUUUUCAGAUAUUAUUCCAGGGUACAGAAUUAGAGUGCAGGAAGAAAAAAAUCCCAAAGUUAAAUUAAAGAAAGAAACUAAAAAAUUGUUAGGUUUUGAGCAAGCUCUUUUGCGCUCAUAUAAAAAGUACCUUGACAUCCUGUACGAAAGGAUUCGAGAAAUGAAAAGUAUUCAGAAAAAGUCUAACAUUUCAGUAAGUAAAGGCAAGGUGAUACGAGAAAUUGGCUUGAUCUCUGUUCGGUGUAUGUGUGAAUUGCUUAGUACUAAGUUUCAUUUCAAUUAUUUUAAAAAUAUUGCAAACAAAUUAGUACCACUUGUUGCUGAUUGUGAUGAGAAAGUAACUAACAUCUGUUGCCAAUCAUUUGAGAGACUAUUUAGAGCUGAUAAAUUGGGUGAAGCUUCAUUUGAAUUAGUUAAGCAAAUUGUAAAUGUUAUUAAGCAGAGGAAGUUUUGUGUGCCAGUAAUAUUACUAAGAACUUUCUUAAGCUUAAAUCUAAAGGAAGCAAAAGUUGAGAUUGACAAAAUAGACAUGAACAAGGGAAGAAAAGAAUGGCGUAUGAUGUCCCGAACUGAGCGUCAAAACAAGAAGAAAAUUAAGGAACUUGAAGCAGAGUUAAAAGAAGCUCAAGCAUAUGAAUGUGAAGAAAAUGUAAAAAAAUUUCAUACAGCAACAUUGAAUAAAAUAUUUUGGGUCUACUUUCACAUUCUUAAAGAUGGUGACAAACCUGAACUUGUGGCUCCAGCUCUUGAGGGUUUAUCAAAAUUUGCUUUUUUGAUUAAUUUAGAAUUUUUUGAUGACUUGAAUUCCGUGUUAUGUGGCAUGAUGGAGAGUGGAAAACUGAGUGAUGUAGAAAAGCUGCAUGGAGUCUAUACAUUAUUUACAAUUUUGGCAGGACAGGCAGAGUCUCUUCAUAUAGAUCCUCAUAGGAUAUAUUGUCAUAUGUAUGAUGGUUUGUUAAAACUGAAUCACUCUACUAAUGUCGAACACUUUGAUCUUACUGUGAAAUGUUUAGAGUAUAAUAUUUUGAGGAAGAAAAAGAAAAUAUCAUUCAAUCGGAUAUUGGCUUUUGUGAAACGUGCCUGCAUAGUGUCCUUACAGACACCCAUUCAUGGUACAUUAGGUUUGUUAAGUUCAGUUAGAAACAUAAUUCAGAGUGUAAAGGGUAGUGAUAUAUUAUUAGAUCCAGAGAGCACAUGUGGUAGUGGUAUUUAUUUUCCGGAAAUGCAAGAUCCUGAACAUUGCAAUGCACAGUCUAGUGCUUUGUGGGAGCUUCAUAUCUUGAAAAAACAUUACAAUCCUGUCAUUCAGCUGUUUGCACAGCAUAUUCUGCAUGCAUGCCCUAAUCAAGGCAGACAUUGCCUACCAGAUAAACUUUCACAGUCACCAGAGGAAAUUCUGAAGUUAUUUGCUGAAGUUGGUGUGCAAAAUAAAAUGGACUUCCUUGAAGACAAUGAGGAACCUCCAAAGAAAAAAUUCAGAUUUGAUCCUGAUAUAAACAAAAUUUCAUAUGAAGAUAAUAUUGAUUUGCAUAUCUCAUGUGACAAACUAAAAGAUAUGAAUUUCUUUUAAACUAUGUAAAUAAAAAUUUAUAAAUUAAUCUAUUUUAAAA